AUGCUAUCGUUAUUCACUUUCCCAGGCCAAGGCUCAUCUGCGAACCUUCUAGUGUUUAAAUCUUUAUUACAAAACUUACCUAUUGUAAUUAAACAAAAGCAAAUUAAUAAAGAACUCUUAAAUUUAAUUUUCCAAACACCAACUAAUCCAGGGAGUAAAACCGUUAUUUCAGCGUUAUUAUUCCAUCAUUAUACUUUAAAUCACAAUAAUACUUUCACCAAUGCAGUCUCGAUAGGUCAUUCCUUGGGAGAAUUAUCUUGUUUAACAAUCAAUGGAUUAUUUAAUUUACAAGAUGCGUAUGAAAUUGCCAAUUAUAGAAAUGAUAUGAUGAUCAAACAUACUUUGAAUUAUUUGAUGCAAAAAAAGGCUCUUUCCAAUGAACAAUUUGAAUUAGUUGCAAUUUUAAAUAAAAACUCCAAAAAAUUUGAUAUAAAUUUACCAGAGGUUGAACAAUUAAUAAAUAAUACUUCAAUUACUAUUGCCAAUAUUAAUUCUAAAGAUCAAAUUGUAUUAACUGGACUUUCUAAAGAUAUUGAAAUCCUAACUCCUCAAUUACCAUCAAAUUUAAAAUUGAAAAAAUUAAUUAAUCCAAAUAAUAUUCCAUUUCAUAAUAAUGCCAUUUUAAAUCCAUUAAGAUUAGAUUUAAAAAAUUUCAUGUAUACAAGGUUAAAUUCCAAUGUAAAUAAGUUAAAGAUUCCAAUCAUUUCCAAUUAUAAUUGUCAAUUAACUGAAUCUAUCGAUUCAGCUAUUGAAAAUUUCAUUGAUUCUACUGUUAAUACCGUCCAAUUUAAUAAAUCUAUUGACAAACUAUUUACUGAUAACAAUACACAAAAGAUACCCGGAAAAAUCGUUUCAUUUGGUCCUGGCAAUAAUAUCCAUAAUUUAUUGAAAAAAAACUUGAUCAUUCCGCAACAAACAAGAGACUCGAUGAUUGAUUACACUGACGUUGAUAGUAUAGUCUCUUUAGAAACUUAG